AAACCUGGAUGGAAGUCUCGAUCACAGCAGCAGCGGUCUGACGGAGAACUCGUAACGGCACCGGACUCUGUCUUUCCCGGGAUGCGCCGACGUAUGUGACAGGCUCUCGGCGAUCUGCGGUUCCAGAUAAACUCCUCUUAGUGUCUCCACUCCUUCAGCAGCCAUGGCUGUCUCUGCAUCAGGAUGGGCCGUGUUCACCGUUCUCCUCAUUAGCAGGUUGUUAGAGAGCUCAUUGAUCAACGCAGAAGUGAAGGAAGGAGAGAUUCUGCCUCCUACCAUUCAAAAGCUGAUGAAAGGAUACAACAAGUACCUAAGGCCUUUCUUUGACAAUGGUCCAGUCACAGUGGGCAUGAGCUUGGAUAUCGCCAGCAUUGAUACUAUCUCAGAGAUCAACAUGGACUACACCGCCACCAUCUUCCUCCGCCAGCGCUGGACAGACGAGCGCUUGGUAUUCGAUGGUAACAAGAGCCUCAGUCUGGACGGCCGGCUCGUGGAGCUCCUUUGGGUCCCUGACACCUUUAUCGUGGACUCCAAAAAGUCCUUCCUCCAUGACAUCACAGUCGAGAACAGACUGAUCCGCAUCUUCCCCAAUGGAACUGUUCUGUACGCGCUAAGGAUUACGACCACUGUGGCUUGCAACAUGGAUCUGACCAAGUAUCCGAUGGACAAGCAGACCUGCACGUUACAACUGGAGAGCUGGGGUUAUAACAUUAAUGAUGUCAUGUUCUACUGGACGAGAGGAAAUGCGUCUGUCAGUGGUUUGGACACGCUGCAGCUGGCUCAGUACACAGUAGAGGAUUACUACACAUCUGUCUCAGAAGCCAUCUAUGAAACCGGCCAGUACCCCAAGUUGGUCUUCCACUUUGAGCUAAAGAGGAGCAUUCUGUACUUCAUCCUGGAGACCUACGUCCCCUCCAGCCUGCUGGUGGUCCUCUCAUGGGUUUCAUUUUGGAUCUCUCUGUCCUCCGUUCCAGCAAGGAUUUGUAUCGGAGUGACCACAGUGCUGACCAUGACCACUCUGAUGAUGGGAGCCCGGACGUCACUGCCCAAUGCCAACUGCUUCAUCAAGGCCAUCGAUGUUUACUUGGGAAUCUGCUUCAGCUUUAUCUUUGGCGCGCUCAUUGAGUAUGCCGUUGCCCACUUCUGCACCCUCUCACACAUGGACCCACACAUGCUCAUGUACCGCCACCAAAUGCAUGACUUCGAUGAUGAAAUGAACGGCAUCGUCACCACCAUCUCCACGCAUGCCAGCAGAGCUAAGAGACGCAAGGAGCCUGCCGCGACAGCCUCCUCAGCUCCUUCCUCCACAGAACUCACUGUCAGACCCUCCAGCCCCUCGGGCAGCGAGCCAAAGCCUGAGGCGUCGCCACCGGAGCCCGUCAACUGGUGCCUCACUGCUCUGGCCACCCUUCGUAAAGUGCUCCGCUCCAUAAACUGCUGUCAUGUGGAGAACCCCCACCACAUAGACAACUACUCGAGAGUCACUUUCCCCCUGUCUUUCGUCAUGGUCAACUUGCUCUACUGGACAUAUUAUCUGUACUUCUAGCAUUUGCUCGAGUGCAGCAUGUGUCCAAGAGAGCGUCAGACAGAGAGCGUAUGUAGACAUGAAGUGUUCUUUACUCUAGUUUCAUUAAGAUGAGUGUGUAUUAUUUGGCAAAUGAGCAUUCUCAUAUGGGGUUGUUUUAUGGACAAAAUAAUGCUUCUGAUUGAAGCUACAUUUUUAUAAUAACGUACUCAAAAUUACUAUUUGGUUUAAAUUUCUUACACGUGGAUUCAUUAACAACAGGGGACCUAUCUGGUAAUGACUGGCAAGAUUUCAUCAAUUCUGAUACACCUUGAGAUUUCAAAAAAUAGCAUGGCCAGUCUGCAUCCCUCCUGUGAUAGUACACUUAUUGUGCAGGUUGUUACCAUCUGGGACAGAGAGAAAGGAGCAGUAAUUCAAAGCUCUGUGACCAAAUUUGCUCGCAUUGUCGAGUGAGAACAAAUGCCUGUCUCAUUUUUACUGUUUAUUGUGUGAUGGAUGGGAUGUUACUUAACUUAAUUUUCCAUUUCUGCCACCAGGUACAGCAUUCAAAGUGGAAAAGGAAAAAUAAUGGGUUGCAGAAGUGAUGUAAAAAAUGUUAUCUUAAAUGUAGGGGCCUUUGAUCCCUUUACUUAUGUUCUAGAAACUUUGCCACUAUGAUUAAUAUUAUGGAACUUGUUAUCACACAAAUCUGCUCAGCUCUUUCACAAGGAAUGCAACUUGCACACCUUACUGUGGGACUCCAAAAUGAUAAACAUUUAUACAUCAUGAAAUUAGAGGGAUCUAUGAUUACAUUUGUUAUUAAUUAGAGUGUAAAGAUGACCGCCCACUUUUAAAACAACUGUAGUUCCAGAAGUAAAUUUCCCAUUUAUUUUCUCCAUUUGAGUUUUAAGCCUGGAACCAGGUCGACCUGCUACGAGAUAAAUGACCAUAAAAUGAGCAUUAAACAUUUAAAUCGGCGCCAAAGGUUUGCUGAAAAAAGCAAAGGUAGAAGACUGUACAUAAUUAUUUUAGGUCUCAUAAAACUACUGAUGGUGUCCAAAGACUUCCAGUGUGCUUUUUCUUGAAUUUAACCUCACAGUGAUUGACAGCACAUUGGACACUUUUCCUCAUCUCCAAAAAAAACACAGCAUGUUAGAAAGAUUAAUCAUGGUUGCCCUGUGGCAAAAAUAAUGUCACAUGGAACCAUCUGAUCAUAAGUGACAAGUUGAUUUUCGCCAUUGUAGUAAAUACUUCUAAGGAAACAGCGAGCUCUACCAAUCAGACCUGUCACUAUUACCCCUGAAGAUUGUGACGAGUGUUGUAAUUCUCCUUGACAUCAUACAUAAAACAUGUAUAUCCUAAAACACAGUUGAUGUUAUACAAACUAAGUUUUUGUACAGGAGUCUACAUACUUUUUUUGGUCAAACUCACAGCUAAUAUUAAUCUCAGAAAUGAACAGGAUGUUUUCUACCAGAGCCACUUCUCUAUUUCAGUGAUUUUAAGACAUUGGAGUUGUCACCAGUGCAGAACAUUGAACAACUAGCUCGAGCUCGUUAGCUCGAGCACCAUUAAUGCAAAAUGUAUUCUUAAACUAGACUUUGAGGUUCCACGGCAGCUAGGCAGGUGCAAUAGAUGCAUUUUAUAGUGGAAUACAGUGUAUGAGUUUCUCUCUCUUGAGGUGCGAGUCGUGUUUCUCACUGUGCUUUUGUAACACAUAAAGCAGUAGCCAGACCUAGACGUGUUAGACAUUGUAGAGUGAUUUGAAUAUGAAUGAAAUGGCCAAACUAUUUCAGCAGUGUGUCGUCAUCUGUGCAUUAUCGAAAUGGUAAAAUGUCUGGUUACGCUACAACUGAGUGGCAUAUAACUCUUUCCCUCAGUAUUUGGAUGUGAAUGUCUGUGAGUGAGUACAUGAGUGAGUUGCGAUCACGAUCAAGUGACACCAUUGUUUGGCCAGCCGUGUUAUUGGAGUUUACCAAUUGGCUGCUUACAAGCACCUAAAUAACAUAACAUAUCUAGUAAGUUUUUGCAAUUGCUACAUAGCGUUAACAUAACAGCUGUGUUGUCUCCAACAGUGAAAGCAAUACCAAUUUUAACUCUUGGUUUUGUUUCUGUUUCUGUCACUUGUAAUAGUUGUUUCUACUGAUGUUAGCAUGCUAAUUAGCGAGCCCCAUCUGGCCCGUCUUGUCUCUUUCUGAUAGUGAGUCAAAGUGCAGGCCAGCCGGUGCAGGCCUACGAUAUCUUGUCCUGUAAACACAACAUUGGGUGAAGCUCUUUACAAGUAUAUAUCAUAAACUACUCACCACAUUCAGUGGAGGACAAAGCUUAUAUAUCCAUUUUUAACGUUCAGGUGAUUGAGUAUGUUUGUUGCCAGUGACUUGAGCCAAAGAACCAAAGAUUCCAGUUUAAUCUCACCAAUCCUCUUGGUUUCCCUUCAGUUCUUCAACGAGGACAUUUUGAUUGCAUUACCGAUAGCAUGCAGUCAACGAGCACAUGAAGAUGACAAUAUAUUUUCAGAUGGACAACAGGGUUCAGUUGAAAGACAGAGAUGCAUGUUUAUUUAUUGCUGUAUUCAAUAUUGCUGUGACAUAAUCUCACUAAUUUAAAUGGAAACUGAACUGAACAGUCCAUUUAGGCAUAAAGCAAAUCUUCAUUUUCAAGUAUUUUGAUCAUGAUUCAAGUAGCUAUCUAAUUAUGCUCCAUUGCCUUUUAAAUUCUUCUAGUCAUAUUUUAGCUGCAUUGAUUUUAAUGUUUGAAUCUGUUUUGAAAUACGCCAUCAUUUACCAAACGUUUUGACUGUUCUCUUCGCCUGCCGAUAUUAGAAAAGUAGAAUUUUGUUUCUGUUCUUCCUGCAUGAUUAUUGAGUGUAACUUUUGUUUCUUCUGCUUUAUUUGCUUUUCAUUUGGUUCAACAUGAUAAGGAAAAAUCAUAAAAAGCUUAGCCGAGGCUAUAGAAAAGAAAAACGUGUACUUUGAUUGCUAAUGAUGCCACUUUGAUUUGGGGUCUCAUCUGGGUCCAAGAGUGCAGGAUGUUCAAACAUCUGUUCUUAUUUUCAGUUAUUUGAACUUUAUUCUUUGAAAGGAUGUGUGUUUAUUGACGGUUCUUCAUUUGCCACCGACUGAGCUGUGUCUGCUCUGAUGGUGUCGGUGAGCACUGACCUGCUGAAAAUGCAAAUGUGAUAAAACACUGACUGUCAGGUUUUUUACAAUAUUGUACCACCAUUGUAGUUUUGAUAGUUAAUCUGCUCAGUAAAUAUUACAAGACACGAAUGCCGUUAUGGAGCCAAAGAAUCACAAGUUCCAAUUCCCCCUACGGCUCCACAGUCACAACUACAUUAUGAGGGCUGGUUUGCUCUAAGUGGACAGCAUUUUGGAUGGCUAUUAAUAACCCAAGGAUUGUGCGAACAUUACAGAAAUAAAGCUAUGAAAUGGAACAUUAUGGGCAACAUUGCCUGGACAUAUUUGAAGCAACUUUGCAGCAACUUUGAGCAAACAGAUAAUAGCAGGAAAUGAUGGACUGCCCUUUUCUUUUCCUGUUGUGUAAAGUAAUGCCUCAAGGUGACGUUGGCUACCAACCUCACAGUUCCUUGGACUUCAUCUUUAUGUGAAAUGUAUUUAUAUACUGUAAUACCAUGUUAAUAUAGGCAUCAGUUUGCUCAACCUGUUGUAAAUAAAUAGUAACACUUUGCAUGUUUAUGUGGUGUAUGAAUAUGAAUGGUAGCAAUAAAAGAGGUUUAACGUGUG